UAAAGGUGUAUGGCUGGAUGUUGUGGUUGUUCCCAAGAAGGCUAUGGUUUGCGGGGAUAAACCGGGAUAAUCCUUGUAUUGUGUCCUAUCAGACAUAAACGAUAAACUAGGCGGAACGCAUAUCUCAGUGUGCGGAGCAUCGGACGUUCUUGAGGUAACGUUAAUGCUUACUUUUCGUAGUUCGACAGUAGACACUGACGACGCUAAUCCCACAAAAACUUCAACCCAACUUAACGUUACUCAAUGCAUCAACUGGAGUGUUGCGUUGUAUUCAGUGAAUUAAACCGCGUUUGAAAACCGCUCUGUUUUGUGUUGCUCUGACCUGUAGGCUAAACAAAAGGUAUUUGAGAACAUGGAUCCCGAGCUUCCGUGUCAUAGUUCUGACUGUAACGUUAACGUUACUGAAACACACAAGGUUGAUCUGGGACUGCUGGUGAAAGAAGAAGAUAUUAAAGAGGAGGAGUAUGGCCAGAUGAUUGCAUAUCAAGAUGAAGAAGAAAAACCUUUUGCAGAGUUUCACUGUAAGAUUGAAACGGAUGGCGCAGAGUUCAACGGUACCUCCUUCAGUGAAACACAUAAGACAAAAGUGGAGAUUGAAGUGAAGAUUGAAGAUGAUGAGCAGGAGCGCGAUUGUUUGCUGGAAAGUGCAUCAGACCAACAAACCAGCCUGCAACUCAGAGGAAGGCUGCACCAUUGCACAGUCUGCAGGAAGCGUUUCAGGACCCUGAGAAAGCUCAAGAAACACCAGAAAACACACUCAAAUGAGCAGCAGCACACUGGUGGCAAAAAGACUCAUAGCUGUGUUCACUGUGGGAGAGCGUUUAGAUAUCCUUCAUUUCUGAAACUGCACGUUCUAACGCACACUAGAGAGAAGCCUCAUAAAUGCGUCCAGUGUGGAAAAGCCUUCACGCAAAUUGCAAAUCUUAGACGCCACAUGUUUACUCACUCUGGAGAGAAGCCUCACGAAUGUGUCCGGUGUGGAAAAGCAUUUCCAACAUCCACACGUCUUAAAACCCACAUGCUUACACAUACUAGGGAAAAGCCUCAUGCGUGUGCCCAGUGUGGAAAAUCUUUUUCACAAAUUUCACAUCUUCAAAACCACACGCUAAUUCACAGCGGAGAGAAAAUACAUAAAUGUGUUGUGUGUGCAAAAGCUUAUUCACACAUUGCUACUCUUAGACGCCACUCGAUAAUUCACACUGGAGAGAAGCGCAAUGUAUGUGUCCAGUGUGGAAGAAGUUUUACACAAAUUUCGCAUCUUAAAACCCACAUGAUAAUUCACACUGGUGAAAAGCCUCACAAAUGUCUCCAGUGUGGAAGAGCUUUUCGACAAAUGUCGGCUCUUGAAAGCCAUGUUCUAAUUCACACCAGAGUAGAGAAGUCACACACAUGUGGCCAUUGUGAAAAAACCUUUGCAACAGCCUCACAACUUAAAGAACACGUGCGCACACAUAAUGGAGACAAGCCUCAUAAAUGCGGUCAGUGUGGAAGGACCUUCUCGCGAAUUGCGUGGUUUAAAAACCACGUGCAAAAACACAGCGAAGAGACGCCCUUCAAGUGUGAUUUUUGCGAGAAAGCUUUUGCAACAUUUGGACCGCUAAAACACCAUCAGCUGGAACACACUGGAGAGAGACCUCAUAAAUGUGACUAUUGUGAAAAAGCUUUUAAGACAUCUUCGCAACUUAAACAGCAUUUGUUUACACAUACGGGAGAGAAGCCUUAUACAUGUGUCCAGUGUGGAAAGGGUUUUACGCUGACGACAAAUCUUAAAAAACACACGCUGACACACAAAAGAAUACAGACGUUGCAAAUGUACAAACUCCUUCUAAAUGCUCUGGUGAAAGUAUAAUCGUGCAUUCCAAAUGUACACUCUCGUUCAAGAUACUCUGGUAAAAGUGUAUUCUGACGUUUUCAUUCAUUUGCCUCGGGUGUGCUGUGGAGUGGGUAAGACCGCUUUGGAUGUGGCUGUUGAAUUGCGUUAGCUCAGCACCAGUUUAGCAAAGGCGAAUGCCACAAGUUAAAGACGGGAUAAAAUACGCUGAAAACUGUCUCCACCGACCUAAUAUCACCCUGACUAAGUUGGAAAUGAGGUCCUAUGUGCAAAUUUCCAAGCUAUUCCUGUAAUGCGGAGGCACUCUCUCCUCUUGUAUAGUAGUGUUAAUAUACACUAUAAUGGCAAAAGUAUUCGCCCACCUGUCUUGACUCACAUGUGAACUUCGGUCACAUCCCAUCCUUAAUCCAUAGGGUUUAUGAUGACGUCUGACCACCCUUUGCAGCUAUAACAGCUUCAGCUCUACUGGGAAGACUUUCCACAAGGUUUAUUUAUGGCAUUUUUGAUCAUUCCUUCAGAAGACAUCCACUCUAAUUCAUCUCAAAGGGCAAAAAGACUCAUAGCUGUGUUCACUGUGGGAGAGCGUUUAGAUAUCCUUCAUUUCUGAAACUGCACAUUCUAACGCACACUAGAGAGACGCCUCAUAAAUGCGUCCAGUGUGGAAAAGCCUUCACGCAAAUUGCAAAUCUUAGACGCCACAUGUUUACCCACUCUGGAGAGAAGCCUCACGAAUGUGUCCGGUGUGGAAAAGCAUUUCCAACAUCCACACGUCUUAAAACCCACGUGCUUACACAUACUAGGGAAAAGCCUCAUGCGUGUGCCCAGUGUGGAAAAUCUUUUUCACAAAUUUCACAUCUUCAAAACCACACGCUAAUUCACAGCGGAGAGAAAAUACACCUUUCAGAAGACAUCCACUCUAAUUCAUCUCAAAGGUGUUCUAUUGGGUUGAUGUCAAGACUCUAUGCAGGCCAGUUGAGGUCAUCCACAUCAAACUCUGUCAUCCAUGCCUUUAUGGACCUUGCUUUGUGCACUGGUGCACAGUCAUGUUGGAACAGGAAGGGGCCGUCCCCGAGCUGGGCUUGGUCCCUUAGUUCCAGUGAAAGGAACUCGGAAUGCUUCAGCAUUAACCAAGAGAUUUUGGACAAUUCCAUGCCCCCAAUUUUGUGGGAAGUUUGGGGAUGGCCACAUCCUGUUCCAUCAUGACUGUUCACCAGUGCUCAAAGCGAGGUCCAUACAUAUAUGGAUAGCAGAGUUUGGUGUGGAUGAACUUGACUGGCCUGCACUAGCCUCAACCCAAUAGAACACCUUUGGGAUGAAUUAGAGUGGAUCCUGAGAGCCAGUCGCCUCGUCCAACAUCAGUGUGUGACUUCACUUCACAAAUGCAUUUCUGAAAGAAUGGUCAAAAAAUCCCACAAACACACUCUUAAACCUUGUGGAAAGCCUUCCCAGAAAAGUUGAAGCUGUUAUAGCUGCAAAGAGUGGACAGAUGUCGUAAUGAACCCUAUGGAUUAAGGAUGGGAUGUGACCGAAGUUCAUAUGUGAGUCAAGACAGGUGGGCGAAUACUUUUAGCAAUAUAGUGUAUAAUAUGAUAUAUAGUGGUAGCUCCUAGUUAUGGUCUCCUCUGCGCUGCACUGUACAUUAUUAUGUUGCUUUAGUCGUAGCUCUAUAGCUUAAAUGUUGAGAUGAUUUCAUGUUUAGAGUUUGGAAUGUUAUUUCAGGUUGAUUGAAUGAAUGUGGCUGCCAUAUCUGUCAAAUGAACAUUAAAGAUUAAAGACAAAAAAUACUUUUUUGUUUCGAUCUUGUCAUGAGGAAAAGCAAACGAUUUGUUUAACCCUCUACUAGGUCCAGACUUCCAACAUGCAGAUUCACUGUUAGAAUUUUAUCUAUUUUGAUUGUUCUGUGCUAUAUGCACACAUGAAUCAAAGAGGCCAAAAGAACAUGUUAAUUCUGUUUUGAUUGUCUUGUAUCCACCUCUUUCCUUAACCCGGAAAUAUGUAUCGUUGCGAUGGUUACGAUACUGUUUUCAACUUCCGUUCAUUCUGUUAACAUGUGCGUUCUCCAUAGCAAACUAGGUUAUGCCUCAACUUAGAUUUCGUUCGAAAUGUUGACAAUUCUGCCCUCAGCAUGUAUAUACUGCAUCACAUAUAACCGAUAUAAAAUAGAAAAGUUGACUUUUAUAUGCGUUAUGAUAUGUUAAGCACCGUAAACCGUCACGUUAAAACAGAUACAAUGCAGCUUCGCCGGAAAUAGAAAACCGUCUCGGUGUCAUGGCGACCCCCAUUGUUGGCUGCGGAAUAUCGUGGAUAACACGAUGAGAGUUUUGAUUGUCAUGGAAGAACAUGAGAAUUCUGUUUUGAUUGUUUUGUAAUGGAAGAACAUGAGAAUUCUGUUUUGAUUGUUUUGUAAUGGAAGAACAUGAGAAUUCUGUUUGUUUUGUAAUGAAAGAACAUGAUAAGAAUUAUGUGUUGAUUGUGUUGUAAGUGAAGAAUAUUGUGAUACUUCUGUUUUGAUUAUUUUGUAAUGGUAAAAUGUAAUACAAUAUUCCAAAUAUGAAUUUGUGCAAGGUGCUUACUGUAGAUCUACUGUAGGUCUUAAAAUAUUCAUGAACUCAUAAUGAAUUCAUCAUUUUUGUGUGUGUUUUUUUUUUUUUUAA